GAACUGUCACUCAGCGGAGAUGGAUGAUAUCAAAAUAUUUUUUUCUCAACAUCCUUUUUUGGAGUUUGGAGUGUAAAAUGAGUGUUUCCAUGGAUCAUUGUUCGAAAAGAGUAGUCGCCUAGCGCCUAGGUAAGUCCAAAUGGACUGCUUCCAGGAGCUAGUGUUCCUGGGGAUCGAUGUGCUCGUGCUGGUCGUGUGCGGCAACCAGUACAUAAAGUUGCGGAAAAAUUGCCGUGCCCUGAAGGAAGCACCGCAGCUACCGAUCGAUGAGAAUCUAGGCGAGCGCUUGCGGAAGGAACCGGACCAGAAGCUCAAGUAUGUCGUCAUCCGGGGUAGCGUUACGCCCAUCGGCCGGCCCCUCCAUAGUGCCAUGUCACCAUCGGUUACGGGGGUAUUGCAGACGAUGACUCUCACCGAACACCGAGUGGCCCGUGCCGUGAUGGGGUUCUGGCAGGAAGAGAAACAAAUCAUUCACGCCUCAUCGAAUGAGGUACCGUUUCGGAUCGUAAACGGAAAGCACGGUGUAGAAAUCGUAAACGGUUUGUCGGCCGAGCUACUCGAUAUGGACACCGUCUAUGAGAACUAUGAACCCUCCUCACUCUCGCUGUUCGAUCACGUGUUCGGUCUGUUCUCCGGAGUACGCCAGAAAGGCUUACAAACGACGGAACAGUUACUCCGGGACGGCAGCUUCAUAACGGCCGUUGGUGAACUGGAAGUAGAGAAUGGUGGUUUACGGUUGCAGCCACCGACCAACGGUGCGCCCAUGUUCCUUACAACCGCCACCAAAAACACGCUCUUGAAUCGCCUCGAACAAGCAAAAUCUUCGACGCUAUUGAAGGUGCUCAUAUGCGGUACGAUAUCGGCCGUGCUCGUGGGUUUGAUAACGCGCAAAAUCUAUAAGCGCAAGAAGAUGGAACGCGACGAAAGGAAGCUACGGGAACAGCUAGAGAAAUCACGCACCGAGCGAAGGUCACGCUUGCGCCCGACGAAUCUUACCGAAGAGCAGCGCUGCGUAGUUUGUGUUGAGAAUCCGAAAGAAGUGAUCUGCUUACCCUGUGGACACGUCUGCCUAUGUGAAAACUGUGCCGCAAGGAUCAACCUACACUGUCCCGUGUGUCGGGCUGUGAUAGAGACGAAAGCUGCCGCUUUUAUUGCGUAGAUCACGUACAGCAAACAAUAGGUAACCCAUGUAAAAUGUGCAAACAAACCAGUUCUAAAAAUGCAACUAUCACGGAUCAAUCUCAACGAGCAAGCUUUUAAUCACCUUUUAAAAGUAAUGAGAAACUUCUGUUUCAAUGUAGGUUGGAAUAUUGGAAAUAGACUGUUGAUUCGCCGUU